AUGCCUGCCGUUUGUUCAUCGGAUGGCCAUCUGAUGAACGUCUUGGAGCGUCCACAAGCGUGUGAAUGUAAUACGAGUGAGUGCGAUGACCUCACUUGUGGUACGGUCGUCAGUACGAUUGCACAAGAUCACAGUGUAGAAGACCACUGCACUGUUGAACCAGCUUCCGGCACCUGUGUAGAGACACAGGAUGCGUCGAAGGUUCACCACUCGAAGAUAUCGAGUGGACUGGAACACGGAUGCACACCACGAAGGAUGCAUCCGAGAAGAGAGGUUAUUGUUGUUCAUCCUGAACAACACGUUACAGCGAGAUCGACUAUCAGAGAGUCGAUCGUAAAGCAAACACGAUCGACUGAAAGAGAGUCUAUCGAAGAGGACGUGACUGUGGCAUUGCACCCACAAUCAGGACACGCAUUGGAAGAAAGUCCCGGCGUUCCUGAGAGUGAUAACUCCCGAGAGAGUUAUGUUGAGGGUGUGGAUCUCCAACCACCUGCGGAUGCGUUUCAUCAGGAAAUCACCGAGUCAGUUAAUGUCUUGGUGAAUAAAGGAUCAAGUGUAGGCGCUAAUACACUUGAUCUGGUGACGCCCCCGAAGUCAGCUUCGGAGGUGGUCAAGUUGCCAACGCUAGGAUCUAAAAGAUUCUUGCGAGAUCUGCGUAGUGACAAGAUCAAGCAGAUCUGCGUACUCGUCACAGAGGACGAGUACAUCGCCGAUAUUCGGUCGGCACAAGUGUUUACUGAGAACGAACGGGUUCUCAGUAGCUCAUCGAUAGAUGAGAGUGUCCUCGAUGAGAAUACCCGGAUUGAGCGGUACACAUCGCAAAUCUUGGGAGUCUUUGGAGACAAAUCCUUUGUAUAA